AUGUUUGAGUCGACGACGACCCCGCCCAUCCCGCCUGACGCCGUCGCGCUGGGGUUCCCCGCAGGACAGGCCAUGCUGAAUGCGUCUCUGGGCGUGGUGACAUCCACAGCAGCAGCAGCCGCUGGUGCAGGCGUGACAGUGACGGUGUCUUACAACAUUCUUGUCACUUUUUCCAUAGCUGCGGUUUCAGGCAGCAGCGCCGCUGUCAGCUCAUCUGGCAGCAGCACCGCUGCCAGCUCAUCAGGCGGCAGUUCAGGCUCAACAGUUGCACAGGGAAGGCAGUUACUCCAACCCUUCACACCAACCCGAUGGUUCUUAACCGGUCCUGAUGCCCGCGCCGCUGCUGCUGCCACCGGCAGUUCCAGCGCAGCUGCUGCAUCUGCCAUGUCAGCUUCCAAGCCUGCCGCUGCGUCAGCUUCGAAGUCAGCGUCCACGUCAGUAUCAGCGUCGAAAUUCGCGGCAGCAGCGACGGGGGCAGCGGCAGGGGGCGUGGCGAACGGUGGUGUACCUUCCGCCACCCCGCAGUGCCAGGAUGGCCCCUAUGUGAGCGCCGCCUUGAUCCCCCUCGGCAAGUGCAAAGUGAAGGCCACUGCCACCUCCAAACUUGUCAGGAUAAGCAAGGCUUGGUAUGCCAAGCUGUCAUAUGGGGAACCCUCUGCUUCUGGAUCAUCGUCAGUGGUCUAUGCGGUGGUAAACGCCACGGUGGACAUUCAGGAGGAGCCGUCCUCGAAUGGCACCGCCACGCAGCCCGUGGCCGUUUUCAACUACGACGCCUUCUUUCUCCAACUUCCCAACACCUCCCCCACCCCUCCUCCUCGCACUCCUCCCCCCUCUUCUCCCUCUCCCCCUCCUCCCUCUCCUUCCUCUCCCUCACCACCAACUCCCAAAUCACCUUCGACCCUUUCCUCCUCUUCCUCCACCUCUCCUCCCCUUCCACCUACUUCGGGGACCCUCUUAUCCGACACGUCAGGGCCCCCUAACGACCCUCCCGGUUCGGGGCAAACUUCAGGUUCGGGAGGUGGGCCUGCAGGUUCUUCAGGAGGUUCCGGAGGUUUGGGAGGUGGUUCGGCAGGCUCGGCAGGGGGACCUGGUGGUUCGGGAGGGAAGGAUCAGAGCAAGCCUCAAAAGCCCUCGUCUCCUCCCUCGUCCGCAUCUCCCUCCCUCCCUUCUCCUACUCACUCUACUCCCCCCUCCCCUCCGAGUAAGCCUCCAUCCUCCAAAUCCUCCUCCCCAUCCUCUUCACCUUCCUCCUCUCAGUCCCCCUCUCCUACAAAAAAACCGCCUUCCGCUGCAUCUAAGCAGCCGUUGCCAUCGCCCACCAAAGCACCCUCUGCUUUCCCUGCUGCGCACCCCAAAGGAAAACCCUCCAAACCCAAGAGCCCAUCCUCCCAAUUCUUCCCUUCCUCUGAUCCCAGAAGUAACGGCGUUAGCAGCAGCAGCAGCAGCAGCAUGAGCAGUGGCAGUGGCAGCAGCAGCAGCAGCAGCAGCAGCAGCAGCAGCAGCAGCAGCAGCAGCAGCAGCAGCAGCAGCAGCAGCAGCAGCAGCAAGCCCAAAACCACCACCAGGUCAUUUUCUCUCGCCACCACUGCCUCUGUAACCACACCAGUGGUAACCACAACAACUGCAACCCCGUUAUCUGGGGAGGAAGAAGAGGAUGCGGAAGCGGAGACGCAGCUGCAGCAGCAGGAGCAAAGGAUCCUGGAGUGGCAUCGGCAGCAGCGGGAGAAGCAGAGGGAGAAUCCGCAGGUGCUGGCAAUGGCCAUGGCGGACCAAGCUGCAUCCAAGUUCCCCUCCUACACGCCCUACUGCUCUGCUGGGCCCUAUGUCACGGCGGUUCUGAUACCAUUGGGCAACUGCCGCGCUGUCCCACGAGGCAACAACGCCAGAAUCGUCAGGGCCGGCAAUUCUCGUUUUAUCCGUUUGGACCUUGGGCGGCCAGUGCGGGGGUGUCAGCGCUCGUACCGCUUCCAAUUGGUCAACUUCCGAGGGCGGGUAGUACGCGGCCCUGUCACUCUCCGCGUGUGCCGUGCUGGCAAGCCUGGAGCUGCCACCUGUGGCCCUGUUACAGUCACAUCUGCAGUGCCCAGCUGCUAA